AUGAUUGCCCAUCUUGUCAUGCUGAUUCUGUGUAUCCCAGUAGGGACUGGUUUGCGUGUGACUCAGCUCUAUCGAGCCGUGGGCAGCGAAGGCCAGGCAGGAGUGCAUUGUUCAUUCCAGUCUAAAGUUGGUCCAGAGGAGCUCUAUGUCAGUUUGUACAAAGGCAUGUACGGACAUCAGAAGAUAUGCGGCGGCCUCAUAAACACUACGGUACCUUACAUUGAGACUCAGGGAGAGGUGCGCUGCAGGGGAGAACUGGGUCAAGGCUGGGUGAACCUAACCGUCUACGGCCUUAAGGGAUCAGAUACUGACCUUUACCGCUGCAGGGUGGCAGUGUUGUAUCCACCACCCUACGUACGGAGGUUUGGUAACGGAACCUUGGUCUACAUUCCCGAUCAUGAAGAUGAUGCUGAAAAUGAGAGAGUCUUGUCCCAAAGCGAGAGGGAAUUCACUGAGUGGUGA